GGCUUUAUUGUCGACCUGUCAUCGCGAGUUCCCUUCCUUGUUUAUAUGUGAUUACAAACGUACAUUAUUCGAUUCUGUAUAAAAUGAUACCAAGAGUAAUUAAAUGUCACUUGACUUGGGUUUUGUGUUGGACGCGGAAAGCGAGAUGUACAAGGGGAAGAAGGUCGCCAUCAUUGGUGCGGGUGUGUCAGGACUCGUUGCCGUGAAGUCUUGUCUGGAGGAAGACCUGCAACCCACGUGUUAUGAACAGUUUGACAACAUUGGAGGUUUAUGGAACUGCACAAAAGAGUACAGAGAAGGUCAGGGAGCAAGGGCGUAUGAGAAUCUCAUCUCCAUCUUCUCCAAGGACAUGUUCGCCUUCAGCGACUUUCCAUUCAGUAACGACACGCCCCAGUGUCUGACAAACGCCUCCAUAUUCAACUACCUACAACGUUACAGCGACAGCAACAAGCUCAGACAGCACAUUAGACUGGGAACGAGGGUUAAGAAAAUCCGGAGGUCAGAUGAUUAUGAAGUCAGCGGAAAGUGGGUUGUGGAGACAGAAGACGAUGAAGGGGAGGACACUUCAACCUUUGACUAUGUUUUGAUCUGUUCUGGCUUCUUCAAGAAUGGGAGAAUACCUGACAUUGAUGGGCUGGCUUCCUUUCUGGGACCAAUAGAUCACUCCAGGACGUUUUGGAACGGUCAAAAGUACAGAGAAAAAACAGUACUGGUUGUUGGUAAUUCCAACUCUGCGGGAGAAAUUGCAGUAGAAAUAUCAAGGUACGCUCGAAAGGUUUACCUGAGCGUUGGGCAAGGUACAUGGGUAUUGCCGCGGGUGGCUCCAGGGGGCAGGCCCCUUGACAAGUUAAUACACCGAAGGUCCAACUACAAGAGUGUGUCAAGAUUAGACGGCCUCAUGUGCAGCAUCGCCAACUCCCGCAUCGACCACAAAGCAUCAGGUCUGGCUCCACCUCAACCUCCAUCCCGGAGCAGGACGAUGAUCAACGACGACAUCCAGUUACAAAUCUUAUGUGGUAAAAUCGAAAUUGUUGGAAAGCUAGUUCGUCUCGGAGAACAGUGUGCUGAAUUUAAGGACGGAGGUCCGGUAGAGGGCGUGGAUGCCAUUUUGUUUGCCACUGGAUACGACUGGAAGUUAGAAUUCCUGGAUGAGAACAUUAUGGGAGAUAAAGGAAACCUUCCGUUUUACAAGAUGGUGUUCCCCAUCGUCUUGCCGAAACAGAGCCUGGCAGUGAUCGGCUGCAUGGACCCAGACGGACCUAUCCCCCCGGUAACUGAGCUCCAGUGUCGACUGGCUGUCAGGGUGUUCAACGGUAAACACCAUCUUCCUCAUCUCAAGGUCAAGAUGAAGGACAUCAGGAAGAGAGAUGACUACGUUCUGAAGAAAUAUGGCCGUUUUAAAUACAGGCUUCCCCACAUUCCUUACCGGGACGAGUUGGCCAAGGAACUGGGCGUCACCCCUUCCUGUUGGGAUCUGGUCAAGGCUGGACCCAGACUGGCCUAUCAGUACUUCCAUGGUCCAGCCUUCUCUUACUUCCACCGUAUGUGGGGUCCAAAUACAUGGCCGGACGCCAAACUAGCCAUCUUCAACGCCCUGGGUCACUGACAUUGUGCUCAACAGUCCAGAACAUGGAGUGAGUGAGUUAAGCUUUACGCCGCUUUUCAGCAAUAUCCCAGCGGUGGACACCAAAAAAUGGGCUUUACAAAUUGUACCCAUGCAGGGAAUCGAACACGGAACGAGAGAAUGUUUUAACCGCUUGGCUACCCAAACGCCCCUGGGAACGUGGAAAGUCAAACAGACGGAAACAGACUUUUAACAGUGUACAUUGUGAUCUUUAUUUAAAAAUAUUUAUUUCUCCGAAUGAUGGGGGUUCGAGACCGCACUGUUCUUAUUGAGUAAUAACGAUUUACCAAAUAUUCAUGUUAAUUUAAUAUUUUGCUGUCAGAUAUGCUUAUGCAUUACUGUAACAUAUCUGUAAUAAAUAUUGAUACUGUCAAAAAAAAUCUUUUUAAAAUAUU